AUGGACUUAAUGGUGUACCAGGCAAUUCAUACAGUUGAAUUUGCACUAGGCUGCAUAUCGCAUACUGCGUCAUACCUUCGCCUAUGGGCUUUGUCGCUUGCUCACGCUCAACUUUCUGAAGUGCUCUGGUCCAUGGUACUGAGUGCAGGUUUUAAAACGCCCGGAUGGCUAGGUGCCUUGGCGCGAUAUGUCAUAUUCUGGGCUUUUGCAGUGCUUACAUUUAGCAUAUUGAUAUUGAUGGAAGGACUUUCAGCUUUCCUGCAUGCACUUCGGUUACACUGGUACGCCAUUCAGUUCGGUUGUUGA